UAAUUUUAAAGGCCGACGGUGCUCGGCGAUCUCCCAGUAAUGCCUGGCUCGAUAUUCCAGCUUCCGGGGUUUGGAAGCGAAGCAGACGCUGGCUGAUUGAUUGAACACUGAACACGCUGUGGAAACACUUUUUGGAAGUGAUGAGUGAAGAUUCAAACCCUGCAGCCACACCCACACCCUGUGAGGACAUACAGGGAGAUGGCCGAUGGAUGUCAUUGCACAAUCGAUUUGUGUCAGACAGUAAAGGAAAGGAGCCUGAUGUUCUGUUUGUUGGAGAUUCACUUGUCCAGCUUCUGCAUGAGUUUGAGGUUUGGCGAAAACUGUUUUCUCCUCUCCAUGCUCUGAAUUUUGGGGUUGGUGGGGAUGCUACACACCAUGUAUUGUGGAGACUCAUGAAUGGAGAACUGGACUACAUCAGCCCAAAGGUGGUGGUGUUAUGGGUAGGCACUAAUAAUCAUGGUCACACCCCAGAACAGAUCUGUGGAGGCAUCAUGGCCAUCAUCAAUGUGAUCCAUCAGAAACUGCCCCACGCUCACACUCUUGUAUUGGGGUUGCUGCCGAGAGGCAAAAGUCCAAACCCUCUUCGUGCACGUAAUGCGAGUGUGAAUGAUCUAGUUCAGGCUGAGGUAGCAUCUCUGUCUCAUGCCUCCUUUCUGGACAUGGACCCUGGGUUCAUUCAAUCAGAUGGUUCCAUCGCACAUCAGGACAUGUAUGAUUAUCUGCACCUCACGCCUCGGGCCUACCAGAGGGUGUGCCAGCCCUUACAUGAACGCAUUAGAUCCCUGUUAGAUAAACAUGCUCCCUGAACACACAAAAAAUACAUCAGAAACACCCUUUCAUGUCCAUUUAACGGAUCCUUUAUGCUCUACAAAUUAAGCAUUACUGGGAUAUAAACACCCUUUAUAAAACUCAUGACUGCUUAAUAUACAUAAACACAUAUACUGUAUAUCACAUGCUUUCCAUCAAUAUACAUUAUUGCUUCCUUGUUACUACAAAAAUUUAUUUUAUUGUUCGCUGGGAACCUACUUAAAGGGAGAGUUCAUCAAAACAAAAAAAACAAAAAUCUGUGAUGUCAUUCUUCAUGUUGUUCUAUUUUUGUCCCCAAAUGCGUUUUCUUCUGUGCUUCACAAAAUAAGUAGUCAUACAGGUUUAGAAUGACAUCAGGGUAAGUAAAAACAGAUUUUAAUUUUUUGGGUGAACUAUCCCUUCAAAAUUCUGUCAGAUUUAUUCUCUUUAUGCAAAAUGUGUAUAUUUACGAGAUGCAACAACUCAAAUGAUGUUAUUCCAUGGAUGAGCUCUGAUGACUAAUGGCUGUUGAAGUUUACAUGAGGGCUAUGUGCUGCUAUCGUGGUUUGAUUGCUGAAGAACUUCAUGUAAUGCUUGUGUAGGAAACGGCAGCUUUCCCAGAAGCAUGCAGUAUAGCUCUUCGAUGGUGACAACUCUUCAUUAACUUGUUGAAAGGAACAAUACGAGUUCAUUUGGUUUGUUCUCCAUUACUGAUUGUCCACAGUACAUGCCCAUAUGCUCUUUUCUGAGAAAAGGGUAGGUGCUUCACAAAAAGUUAUGUACCUUUAAAAUGAUUCCCUCAGAUGUAUUGUUUAGACACUUGGUGAUAAACACUGAAUUAGUGUUUCAUUUACUUUGUACAGUAUUUUUGUUAUUUUUGUAAUUUUCUCCCAGGUAUAUUCCUACUUUAUAUUUGUAUUGUUCAUUUAGUGUUUCGUUCCAGUGUGUGAUAAGCUGUCGAAUCACAAGACAGCAGGUGAAUUAUGUGAACUUUAUGCACCGGGGUAUCUGAAAGAUUUAAACUGUGGAUGGAAUUCUAAAAUCGCAUAACUAAAGGUUCGGGCGACAUGAUCUUUUAUGUUGAGAAUUUAAAUCAUAAGGAGCCAAUCACUGGUUUUAUUUUUAUUGUAUUACAGUUAAAAUGUAUUGUUGUAUUACAACCAACAAACCAUCACUUUCAAAUGUCCUGCUUUGUCCUGGUGUUUGUGUUCGUACUGCUUUGUCUGAAGGGUUUUUGUGAACGUUACUAUCUUCCAGUCUUGGGCGAUUCCAGAAAUUGAGGAGUUCGAUGUCAUGCCUGGUGCUGCAAUAAACAGUUAUCAUGGAAAA